AUGGCCAAAACAUUCUCGCGCGACGAGGUAGCACAGCACAACACCGAGGACUCCCUCUGGUGCAUCAUCGACCACCGCGUCUACGACCUCACCGAUUUCCUCGACGCCCAUCCCGGCGGCAGCGUCGUGCUCGCGCAGGUCGCCGGCCAGGAUGCCACCGAGGCAUUUUACAACCUGCACCGUCAGGAAGUCCUGGACAAGUACCGCGACGAGCUCUGCGUGGGCACCGUCGCCGGCGAAACCCCCGAAGUCAUCAGCCCCGAACCCGGCAGUCUGAGCCCCGUCCCCUACGCCGAGCCGCUGUGGCUGCGUCCGCAGUUCAAAAACCCCUACUACAACGACAGCCAUCGGCGGCUGCAGCGCGCCGUGCGCGAGUUCACCGAUCGCUAUGUCAAGCCCGAGGCGCAGGAGAAGGAGAAGGAUGGCACGUACAUCAGCCAGGAGCUGAUCGAUCGCAUGGCCGAGACGAAUCUGCUCGCUAUGCGGCUGGGACCGGGAAAGCAUCUGCACGGUCGGAAAUUGAUGGGUGGGGCUGUCGAUGGAAAGGAGUUUGACUAUUUCCACGAUUUGAUCGUGAGCCAGGAGCUGGUGCGGGCGAACGCGCGAGGCUUCUCCGACGGUAACAUGGCCGGCAUGGCCAUCAGUUUGACCGCUGUCCAGCAGUGGCUGCGCAACGACCCCCUCCGGGAGAAGAUCACGGAGGAGGUCCUGUCGGGCCAGAAGAAGAUGUGUCUUGCCAUCACUGAGGCUUUUGCCGGUAGCGACGUUGCUGGGCUCCGCACGACGGCGCAGAAGACCCCGGAUGGCAAGCACUACAUCGUCAACGGUACCAAGAAGUGGAUCACCAACGGCAUGUUCGCCGACUACUUUGUCACCGGCUGCCGCACGGAGAAGGGCUUCAGCGUGCUCCUGAUCCCGCGCGGCGAGGGCGUCGAAACCAAGCAGAUCAAGACCUCGUACUCGACCGCCGCGGCCACGGCGUUCGUGCAGUUCGAGAACGUCAAGGUACCGGUGGAGAACCUCCUCGGCGAGGAGCACAAGGGCUUUAUCGUGAUCAUGAGCAACUUCAACCACGAGCGGUUCAUGAUGGCCUGCGGCGUCAUCCGCAUGUCCAUGACGAUCGUUGAGGAAUGUCUGAAGUGGUGCAACCAGCGCAUUGUCUUUGGCAAGAAGCUGAUCGAGCAGCCCGUCAUGCGACAGAAACUCGCCCGCAUGAUCUCCCUGUGCGAGGCCAACCAGGCCUGGCUCGAGUCCAUCGCCUACCAGAUGUGCAACAUGACCUACGCCCAGCAGUCCGCCAACCUGGGCGGUCCGAUCGGUCUGCUCAAGUCGACGGCCACCCGCGCGGCGCAGGAGAUCGCCGAUCAGGCGACCAACAUCUUCGGCGGCCGUGGUCUCACCCAGACCGGCAUGGGCAAGGUGAUCGAGAUGUUCCAUCGCACGUACAAAUUCGACGCCAUCCUGGGCGGGACCGAGGAGAUUCUGGCUGAUUUGGGAGUUCGACAGGCGAUGAAGAAGUUUCCCAAGGCUAUGCUGUAG